CAAGCAUCCACCACGAAUUUGCCUCGGGAUCGGAAUUCAUUGUUUCAUCGGAACCGCUCGUUUGCCGUCGACCUUUUUCUCAGGCCCUUUGCUUGGAUAUUAAAUAAACGAAUGAAAAGCUGAGUGUUUUGUGUAUAUCUUCGUGCUUGUCUUCGUCUUCGUCUUCGUCUUCGUCUCUCUUGAGCUUUUGCUUGAUUUUGCCCCCAAAUCGGAGCAAUAGCAUGAAGAAUUCGCUGUCUAGAUCGGUGAUCAGGGUUCCAGAGCACCCACCCCAACCGCAAUCUCCUGCACGAGCAGCACUGGAGGAAUCGGAGGAUCUCUCCGAUCGCACGAUGAAUUCGCCUUCUCAAUCGCCUGCUCGGAACUCGGCGCGGCUGAAGUCGUCACUAGGAUUGGUAGUAGCAACGGCGGCGGAGGUGGAAUCGGAAAAGCGGAGCUUGCGAGUAGUGAAUUCGCCGUCACGAUCCCCAAUCCGAAGCUCGGAGCAUCAGCAAUCUCCACCACGAUUGAUAACAGCGGUAGCAGCGGAUGAGGAGUUGGAAAAUCAUAUAGAUAGCACGAUGACAAAUCCAACGUUGCGAUUGCCGAUCCGAGACCCAGAGCACCCGAAGUCGCCACUGCGAUUGGAGACGGUGGACUCCGCUACGCCGCAGGCACACAACGGGAGGGAGAAUCAGGGUUUUGCUCCGGCGACUUCGGUGGCGAGUUUCUCGACGUGGAGUGGAACGGCGACAACGGCGGAGAAGGUGAGGGGCAACGGAGGAACGAAGGAUCGAGGGGUGUUCAUGAGGAGGGAAUCGGUGACGACGGCGGUGCGUCAGGGUUCGCUGGCUCUGCGUGUGUUGGCGGCGGCGCUGUGCUUGAUCUCGUUCUCGGUGAUGGCCGCCGAUCGGAACAAAGGUUGGGCCGAGGACUCCUACGACAAAUACACGGAGUACAGGUAUGCAAUCACUGUGAAUGUGCUUGGAUUCUUGUAUGCGCUAUUCCAGGCAUGCGUGGAAGGGAAGCACCUCAUUCGUCCUGACAUAGGAAUCAUCUUCAACUUCUCCAUGGAUCAGAUUCUGGCGUACCUACUAAUAUCUGCAUCAUCAGCAGCAGCAACACGAGCAGAUGAAUGGGUUGAGUAUUGGGGAAAUGAUCCAUUCCCAAGCAUGGCCAGGGGUUCAGCUGCAGUCUCCUUCUUGGCCUUCCUGGUUUUCGCCAUGAGUUCUCUUGUUUCUGCUUUCAAUUUCUUUAGAAGGAGAAUUUAGCUCAGCCUGUUGUACAUCCAAUGUUGCCCAUUAUAUAUUCUACUGAUUUUGUUGGUGGUGUUGUUAUAAAUAAAAUGUUGUAUACUACUUGUAUGUGAUCCUAGUUCAUUUAUUGUUCGGAUCCUUGUUUUUUUUAA